CAGUUCGCGAGUUGGCACGACGGUGGUGCAUUCGUCGCUUCGAUAUCGACACGGUCGAUAACGCUCUUAUUUUCCUUUCUUUUCUUUCCUUUUUUUUUCCCAAUUUCUUUUUUUUUUUAUCAUUGUCUCCUGAAACCUCGUCGAAAAGGAAAUCUAACGCCCGCGCGGAGAAGGCCGAAGUAGCGCAGAUCUGCGAUUUUUCGCGUAGAAUUAUCGCCGAUCAUCACCAUCGUGCUGAUCCCUUUCGGUAAAACGAAAGUUCAGAGAACGAUCAAGAGCGACGAUCGAUCGAGAUAGAAGAGAGAAAGAAAAAAAAAGAAGAAGGGAAGAAGAUCACUUUCGCUUUCGUCGGAGUGUCACAAUUGUAGUGUGUGUUAUUUUUGGACGAACGUCGAUUAAUUGAGACGCAAUCAACGUGCGAUAAUUAGAGGAGAAGAGGCUAUCACCUGAGAGUGGGCAGUAGAUUUUGCACCGGAUUUCCGUUCGAAAUAGAUCUGAAGGCAGCUUACACGACAACAUGUCGAUCAUAAUGCAGUAUAUAGACCGGUUCCACGAUAUGCUGGACAAACAUGCAGAUACGAGGACGACUAAUUGGUUAUUGAUGAGUUCGCCUUUCCCCACGUUGUUUAUCUGCCUCAGUUAUAUAUACCUUGUCAAGGUACUCGGACCAAAGCUCAUGGAGAAUCGGAAACCUUUCCAACUUAAAAAUACCUUAGUAUUCUAUAACCUGUUCCAAGUGAUCUUUUCCGCAUGGCUCUUCUAUGAGUGUCUGAUGGGCGGAUGGUGGGACCACUAUAGUUUCCGCUGCCAGCCGGUGGAUUAUUCCAACAGCUCCACCGCGAUAAGGAUAGGGAUAUCCGGAUGGCUGACUGGAGACUAUUCUCUAAGAUGUCAACCUGUAGACUACAGUGACAGACCCGAAGUGCUGAGGAUGGUCCACGCAAGCUGGUGGUAUUACUUUUCGAAAUUUACCGAAUUCAUGGACACGAUCUUUUUCGUGUUAAGAAAGAAGAAUAAUCACGUAUCCACGCUGCAUGUGAUCCAUCAUGGUUGCAUGCCCAUGUCGGUCUGGUUCGGUGUCAAGUUCACACCAGGCGGCCACUCGACCUUCUUCGGUUUGUUGAACACCUUCGUCCACAUCGUGAUGUACACGUAUUAUCUUCUGGCAGCGAUGGGCCCAAUGGUGCAGCCGUACCUCUGGUGGAAGAAGUACUUGACCGCUUUCCAGAUGCUGCAAUUCAUCGCCAUCAUGGUUCACGCCUUCCAGUUGCUCUUCAUCGAGUGCAAUUAUCCAAAAGCGUUCGUCUGGUGGAUCGGCCUGCACGCUGUGAUGUUCUUCUUCUUGUUCAAAGAGUUCUAUCAGCAAAGCUACCAAGAAAGUAAACCCAGGAAACCGAAUAGGGCGGCGAUGACGAACGGCGUCGCUAAGGACAAUCAUCAAUCGAAAGGCAAGCAUGCGAAUGGCAUCGCAAAUGGUGUCGCGAACGGCGCCGUCAACGGUUUCGCAAACGGCUCCUCGCCCAGGAGAAGGGAUGCUGCCGAUUAUUACGUGAAAGGCGAAAGCCUAGCGACGGAGCUCAACCUCCGAAAACCGUUCGCAAUAAAAGUCGAGUGACCCUCGAGCGAGCGCAUAGCCUAGUCGAUCUUCUCUCGCCACGACGUUAUUUUUCUUUUUCUUCCGCGAAAUCGCCGAAAGAUUAGGGUCUUCUUCCCUCUCUUUCUUUAUCUUUAAUUUGUUGUAUUAUCUAAAUACAAAGGGUUGAAGACUCUACCGAGAUCGACGCAUCUAUCGAAAAAGAAAGAGUACAAAAUUACGUCGCACGUAUUUGGCUCGCGGUACGUAUACAGCAUACGUUGACGUACUUCAUCGACGAUACGAUACUACACUAGCGCGAUGGUUUUCCAGCUAGAUCCGGACAGUCGCGCGCGACCAUAAUCCGGCGACUGAUGCAGAAGGAUGCUUAGGCGAAUCGUAUCCUGGUACUCCCGCAUUGUGAACGGAGCUGGGGAAAAACGAGUAGUUUUUAAAUCGGGUUUUAUACGAAACAUUUAGAUAUAAAUAAUUGUGCGUUUUUAGCGACCUUAACGAUAAUUUACGCCACUUGCCAAGUAAAUGAUUCUUAUUAGGUGACUAGUUUGCGAACUAACUUUGGAUGGCUGAAAUCACAAUUGUAGAAAAAAAAGAGUUAUUUUGAAAAUGAUAUAGAUCAAAUUGCAAAAUGUAAUCUCCGUGAAUCUUCAAAGAGAUGACCUUUACAGAGCAUACUGCGAUAGAUUAUCCUUCUCUGGCUUGCUUUUAAUGAUAUUCGUGAAUUAUCAGCAGUCCAUUGCUUCGGCAAAAUCACGAAUAAUUAAGUAGAAGAUAGCGGAAGAAGAUAAGAGGAAGAACCGGUUCAAAUUAUAAAUAAAAAGAAUUAUUUAUUCCUGGGUAUUCGGUGAUUCUGUGGCGAGGGAAUCACUGCGACGACAUUCCUUAUUGGUCAAUUUAGCAAUUGGAAAUUAUUUUUUAUUCUAUUUUCCAUACGAUGCGAUACAAAAAAAUGUUCCAUUAGGUCCGAUAAAAAUAAACUUAGUCAAAGCUUCACGAUCACACGUUCCUAAUCUCUC